AUGAUGGACUAUGCUACCAAAUUUACGGAGCUGGACUACCCGACGGAAAAGGACAAACAAGACUUUGAGGAAUACUCAGCAAAAGCGGAAAAAGCGCUCAUUUCGGCCACGGAUUACUCAUUAGUGCUGAACGCAAGGGUUCACGCUUUCACUGUAGUUAAAGCAGAGCCAGAGCACAACCAACACAGUGGAUCAGUCCAGGUACCAACGCCAUCACAGCCUUCGCAUAAGUAUCUUGAGGAAGAAAUCUCCACAGACGAAAUGCUUGCGGUAUACAUGAAGAACACCAAGCCGGACCCAACACCUACUAAGCCGGAGAAAAAACGAUCUGACCGAACAAAAACGUACUUAGAGGUGACACUACGGCAGACCAAGGAGCGUCAAGGAAGAGAAGUCCACCGUUGA